AAAAUAUUUGGAUACAGAAAAAUUGACUAGCUUACGUCGUGUCGUUAUCGUUGCCUUUUGUCAAAUGUUGUAUUAUAAUUUGUGCUUCAAUUUUAAUAUAAAAAUAAUAAACUAUUAAAACAAAAAUUAUGAUAAUGCAAUCACACUAACUAAUAAGUAAAUCCCCAACAAGAAAUUCACAACAAAACAUAACUCAAAAGCCUGCGGUAUAAAUAAGAUUUUGCACUAAAAUGGCGGAUCUCGAGGCUGUUUUGGCCGAUGUCAGCUAUUUAAUGGCAAUGGAAAAAUCUAAAUGUACUCCAGCAGCAAGAGCAAGUAAAAAAUUAAUAUUACCCGAUCCAAGUGUUCGUAGUGUAAUGUACAAAUAUAUGGAGAAGGAAAAUGAAUUAAACUUCCAUAAAAUAUUCAAUCAAGUUUUUGGAUAUCUUUUAUUCAAAGAGUUUUGUGAAGGUGACUUUGAAGAACCUAUACAGCAUCUUAAAUUUUAUGAACAAAUAAAAGCGUUUGAAAAAACUGAAUGCUGCGAUGAUCGAAAAAGUUUGGCACGUGAAAUUUACGAUAAUUUUAUUAUGAAGGAGAUGCUCUCGCACACGCACGAAUAUUCGAAAGAGGCGGUUGCUAAUGUUCAGAAAUAUCUAUUAAAAAAUGAAGUUCCAAUUAACUUAUUUGAGCCUUAUAUCGAAGAAAUAUUUAGUCAUCUCAAAUCGAAGCCUUUCAAAAAAUUCGUGGAAAGCGAUAAAUUUACUCGUUUCUGUCAAUGGAAAAAUUUAGAACUUAAUAUGCAACUCACUAUGAAUGACUUUAGUGUUCACAGAAUAAUCGGACGCGGAGGUUUUGGUGAAGUUUAUGGUUGUAGAAAAGCUGAUAGUGGCAAAAUGUAUGCAAUGAAGUGCUUGGAUAAAAAGAGGAUAAAAAUGAAACAAGGCGAAACCUUAGCUCUUAACGAAAGGACUAUGCUCUCAGCUGUUAGCACUGGGGCCGAUUGUCCCUUUAUCGUAUGUAUGACCUACGCUUUCCAUACUCCAGAUAAAUUAUGCUUCAUUCUUGACUUGAUGAAUGGUGGUGAUUUGCACUAUCACCUAUCACAACACGGUGUUUUUAAUGAGGCACAAAUGAAGUUCUAUGCGGCUGAGGUAAUACUUGGUUUGGAGCACAUGCACAAGCGUUUUAUCGUAUAUAGAGACUUGAAACCCGCAAACAUUCUCUUAGAUGAAAAUGGACACGUACGAAUAUCUGAUUUGGGUUUGGCUUGUGAUUUCUCAAGAAAAAAACCACAUGCAUCAGUAGGAACACACGGUUAUAUGGCUCCCGAAGUGCUAUCAAAAGGAACUCCAUAUGAUUCAAGUGCUGAUUGGUUCAGUUUUGGUUGCAUGCUAUAUAAGUUAUUAAAAGGUCAUUCUCCUUUCCGACAGCACAAAACUAAGGAUAAACAUGAGAUUGAUCGCAUGACAUUAACAAUGAAUAUCGAAUUUCCGGAUGUAUUCAGUGCGGAAUUAAAAAAUCUUUUGGAGUGUCUUCUACAGAGAGAUACUGAAAAACGUUUGGGUUGUAUGGGCAAAGGAGCUGAGGAAAUAAAACAGCAUCCAUUUUUUACUGGAAUUGACUGGAAUCAGGUUUAUAUUCAGAAAUAUACACCUCCACUUAUACCACCGAGAGGAGAAGUUAAUGCUGCGGAUGCGUUUGAUAUAGGAUCAUUUGACGAAGAAGAUACAAAAGGAAUAAAAUUAACAGAAGCAGAUCAGGAGCAAUAUAGAUAUUUUCCACUUACGAUCUCUGAAAGAUGGCAACAAGAAGUAGCCGAAACAGUUUUUGACGCUGUUAACAUAGAAACUGACAAAAUUGAACAAAAACGCAAAUCAAAACAGAAAAUGCAUUUUGACGCCGAUGAGCGAGAAUCCGAUUGUAUACUCCAUGGUUACAUUAAAAAACUGGGAGGUUCUUUUGCAUCAGUGUGGCAAACCAAAUACGCAAAGUUAUAUCCCAAUAGACUGGAACUUCAUACUGAGAGUGGCAACAAUAAACCAGAACUCUUUUUCAUGGAUCAAGUUGAAGAAGUUUCACCAGAUUUUGUUCUUUACAAAGGAGAGCAAUGUAUUCAAAUUCGUAUUAAUGAUGGGAUUCGCGAUGGGAGGCUCAUUUUAACCAAUUCAGAUGAAAUUGGUUUAAAGGAAUGGGCAUUCUCAUUGCGUUCAGCACACAAAGUCUCUCAACAAUUGCUGGGAAAUAUGGCUCGUAAAGCAGGCAAAAUAUACGGAAGCGAGAGAGAAGCGGCCAAACCAUUGUAUAUAAUCGGCAAUCCAUCACCAAAAUCCAAUAUAUCCAAUUAGCGUAGUCAACAACGUACAUAUUUAUUUAACAUUUACAUUAUAAAUUAUUUCAUUUGAAAAUACAUUAUGAAAUCAACUUG